GCCGCGGAGAGCAGAGGAGCCGGUGCAGAGCGGGCGGCGGCGGCGGCAGUGGAGGCGGCGGCUCCAGCCGGCGCGGCGCGGGGUUCGGCAGUGGGAUCCGGCCGCAGUGCUCGCUCCGCGCUCCUGCCUCGCUCCCCGCCUGCAGCGGCCGAAGGGCGCGGCGCGGAGCCCGGGUGCCCCGAGGGCGCGAACCCGGCCUCGUCACAGCAUCCCAGGAAGACUGUGGUCUGGAGAGGAGGGUAAUAUUGAUGUGUUUGGAGAACAUCUGGUGGUAACGAGAUGGCUGCUUCUGUCCCAUGGGCCUGCUGUGCUGUGCUUGCUGCCGCUGCUGCCGCCGUCUACACCCAGAAACACAAUCCACAGGAGGCACCCCACGUGCAGUACGAGCGUCUGGGCACAGAUGUGACACUUCCGUGUGGGACAGCGAGCUGGGAUGCAGCUGUGACAUGGAGGGUAAAUGGGACAGAUCUGGCCCCUGACCUGGUCAAUGGCUCUCAGCUGAUACUACGAAGCUUAGAACUGGGCCACAGCGGCCUGUAUGCCUGUUUCCACCGAGACUCCUGGCACCUGCGCCACCAAGUCCUUCUACAUGUGGGUUUGCCGCCACGGGAGCCUGUGCUCAGCUGCCGCUCCAACACUUACCCCAAGGGCUUCUACUGCAGCUGGCACCUGCCCACCCCCACCUACAUCCCCAAUACCUUCAAUGUGACUGUGCUGCAUGGCUCCAAAAUUAUGGUCUGUGAGAAGGACCCAGCCCUCAAGAACCGCUGCCACAUUCGGUACAUGCACCUGUUCUCAACCAUCAAGUACAAGGUCUCCAUAACUGUCAGCAAUGCCUUGGGUCACAACACCACGGCCAUCACCUUCGACGAAUUCACCAUUGUGAAGCCUGAUCCUCCAGAAAAUGUGGUGGCCCGGCCAGUGCCCAGCAACCCCCGUCGACUGGAGGUGACAUGGCAGACGCCCUCGACGUGGCCUGAUCCUGAAUCCUUCCCUCUCAAGUUCUUCCUGCGCUACCGGCCUCUCAUCCUGGACCAAUGGCAGCAUGUGGAGCUCUCGGAUGGCACAGCACACACCAUCACAGAUGCCUACGCUGGGAAGGAGUACAUCAUCCAGGUGGCUGCCAAGGACAAUGAGAUUGGGACGUGGAGCGACUGGAGCGUGGCUGCUCACGCCACACCCUGGACGGAGGAACCACGGCAUCUCACCACCGAAGCCCAGGCCCCCGAGACCACGACCAGCACCACCAGCUCGUUGGCACCCCCACCCACCACGAAGAUCUGUGAGCCCGGGGAGCUUGGCAGCGGCGGAGGACCCUCCAUACCCUUCUUGACCAGUGUCCCUGUCACCCUGGUCCUGGCUACCGCUGCUGCCACAGCCAACAAUCUCCUAAUCUGAGCCCUGCAUCCCAUGAGGACAUGCCAGAGCACCUGCGGAAGAGCAGGAGGCCGGAGCUGAGCCUGCAGACCCCGGUUUCUAUUUUGCACACGGGCAGGAGGACCUUUUGCAUUCUCUUCAGACACAAUUUAUAGAGACCCCGGCAGGCCCGGGCCUGCCGUCCGUCCCCAGCCUCAUCUCACCAAGCCGGCCCUCCUUUCCCUCCAGAGAGGAGGACCAUGCAGCUAACCCACCCACCAAAGACCCCUCUCACCUUUUUCCCCCUCGGGCUGGACCCUCCAACGCCAGCGACUCCCAGGAGCCCUUGGGGGACCUGAGGGGAGCCUCCACCCCACAUCCACAGUUUUCUCCUCCUGCCCCAGCCUCCUGUCUGUCCCAGGGUCUCUGUUGCCACCAUCAGAUUAUAAGCUCCUGACACUGGGGGGGCCCAGCCAUCCCCUUCCCCCCGGUGCCCACACUUUUCAGUCCCUCCACCGCUGCCCCUGUUUUGUACGAUCCUUCAUUGGCCCUUUCCUACCCCCCAGUAUUUAAUGUCCUGUCAGUCCCUUCUAGUCUGACUCAAUGGUAACUUGCUGUAUUUGAAUUUUUUAUAGAUGUAUAUACAUGGGAGGGAGGGGUAGGGAGUUCUCAUUAAACGUCACCAUUUCAUGAGA